CUCUCGCGUCUUAAUCAGAAGAGUGGAGCACAAUUAGGGUUAGGGUUAGGGUUAGGGCUUCUCCCUUCCUGGCAAAAUCAUCCCUUUUCGUAGCCGCCGUUGAAGAUGACUGGUAAGGCGAAGCCGAAGAAGCACACGGCGAAGGAGAUUCAAGCGAAGAUCGAUGCUGCGUUGACGAAUCGAGGAGGAGGAAAAGCUGGAAUCGCUGACAGGACCGGAAAAGAGAAAGGAGGUCACGCUAAGUACGAGUGUCCUCACUGCAAAAUUACGGCUCCGGAUCUAAAGACUAUGCAGAUCCAUCACGAAUCCAAGCAUCCUAAGCUCACUUAUGAUGAAUCAAAGCUCGUGAAUCUCCAUGCUGUUUUAGCACCAGUUGCUGAGUCAAAACCUAAACCUGGUAUCAGGGGAAGCUUGAAGAAGUAACCCCUAUGUAUCAUUUUUUUGUGAAAAUUUAAAAGAUUAUGACUUUGCUACUCUUUACCCCCAAAUGAAUCAUGUUGUUGAUGAUGCUUAUGGUUUCUACCUUUUUUUUAUGAUCUCAUACUUGUUAUCUGCUAUUUUCCGAAAAUUUGAGGGGAGUUCAUUAUCAAUAAACUGUGUCAAUUGACACUUUCUCAUA